GGUUUGUCACCCAUGGCUUUCUUCAGUACUUCCAAGUCUGCAGCAGCCGGGAUACCGUCUUCCACGUCAUCUCCACUCUACUCAUUUUCCCAGUCGUUCAAAAGCUCAGAUGGCACCUUCACAUGGCUCUACACAACCGGAGCAGUGUUAUUGGCACUUCUCGCACUCGAGCAAACUGUGUAUCGCAUGAAAAAGCGUCACCUCCCUGGCGCCAAGUGGACUAUCCCGCUCAUCGGUAAAUUCGCCGAUUCGAUGAGCCCAACGAUGGAAAACUACAUGAAGCAGUGGAAUUCUGGGGUCCUCAGUGCGGUCAGCGUGUUCAACAUCUUCAUCGUCAUGGCGUCGUCAAAUGAAUACGCUCGCAAAAUUGUCAACUCCCCCACGUAUGCUGAGCCAUGUCUGGUCUACUCGGCCAAACAAAUACUUCUGCCCGACAACUGGGUAUUUCUGACAGGAAAAACUCAUGUGGAUUACCGUCGCGGCUUGAACAACCUGUUCACUCGCAAGGCCAUCGGGCAAGUUUGGAUGUAUAUCACGAUUCAGGAUGCGAUUACGCGCAAGCACUUCGCGCAAUGGGCCAAGGAGUAUUCGUCCUCACCUCGUCCAAUCAUGAUGAACGCUCGCUACCUCAACAUGGAUACUUCUCUUCGUGUCUUUUGCGGCAACCAUAUUCCUGAAGAGGCGACGAGGGAGAUCAGCGACAAAUACUGGUUCAUCACUCAAGCACUUGAGUUGGUCAACUUCCCAUUCGCACUUCCUGGGACCAAAGUUUACAAAGCAAUUCAAGCGCGCAAAGUCGCGCUUCGGUGGCUCACUCUCGCUGCGCACAACAGCAAAAUCGAAAUGGCACGUGGUGGUGAACCCACUUGCUUGCUUGACGAAUGGGUGCAGCUUCUCAAUGAUCCAUCCUACAAGGGUCGUCGCGAAUUCAGUGACCAUGAGAUGGCAAUGGUCGUUUUCUCCUUCCUUUUUGCUUCGCAAGAUGCUAUGAGCAGCGGCUUGAUCUACGGUUUCCAACACCUUGUCGACCACCCCGAAAUUUUGGCCAAAGUACGGGAAGAGCAACAGCGUGUGCUUCAGGGCAACUACGACACUCCUCUCACUCUGGAACUGAUGGACCAAAUGCCGUAUCUGCAGGCAGUAGUGAAGGAGAGUCUUCGCGUUAAACCACCAGUGGUCAUGGUCCCAUAUAAGUCGACGAAAGCCUUCCCCAUUUCCGAUGAUUAUACCGUUCCCGCUGGCAGCAUGCUCAUUCCCUCUUUCUAUCCCUCCCUCCACGAUCCUGACGUCUACCCUGAACCUGAUGAAUUCCAACCUGAGCGGUGGCUUGAUCCAAAUGGUCUCGCGAACUCAAAUCCCAAAAACUACCUCGUGUGGGGGUCUGGACCGCAUCGUUGCAUCGGACUGGAAUAUGCGACUAUGAAUAUCGCUUUGGUAUUAGGCAUUGCUGCCAUGAUGUUUGACUGGGAGCAUGAAAUAACGCCAACAACAAACAAAGUCGAGAUUAUCGCAACUUUGUUCCCGAAGGAUGGCUGCAGGAUGAAGUUCACGCCCAGGACAAACCAAUAG